UGGGAGAGAGGGAGGGAGGGAGAGAGAGAGAGGAGGAACUGCGGGUGGAAAAAAAGUUAAAGUAAAAAUGGCUUCCUUGUCUUUGGAGUCUACAGAACAAUCUGAGAACAGCCCAGAGGAGCCAACGGCAACGGAGUCCAAAGAAGAGGAAGAUCCGGUGCAAAUUUCGGAACAAUUACUCCAAAGUUUCCAAAAGUCGGCUUUGAGUUUUUCCACCGACCAAGUCUCAUGUCUCUGCGAGGCCCUUCUGCAGGCGGGCAAUGUGGAUCGCCUGUGGAGAUUUCUAUCCACCAUACCUCCUUCGUCCGAGCUGCUACGUGGCAACGAGACCAUGCUGAAGGCCCAGGCACUGGUGGCUUUCCACCGGGAAGAAUUCAAGGAGCUGUACGCCCUCCUGGAGAGCUACGACUUCCACCCGUCUAACCAUGGGUUCCUGCAGGACCUGUACCUGAAAGCCCGCUACAAGGAGGCGGAGAGGUCCCGGGGCCGCAGCCUGGGCGCAGUGGACAAGUACCGGCUCAGGAAGAAGUUCCCCCUGCCCAAAACUAUCUGGGACGGAGAGGAGACCGUGUACUGCUUCAAGGAGAGAUCCCGAAAUGCCCUGAAAGAGUGCUACAAGAGCAACCGGUACCCGACUCCGGACGAGAAGAAAAACCUGGCCAAAGUCACCGGGCUGUCCCUCACGCAGGUCAGCAACUGGUUCAAGAACCGCAGGCAGAGGGACAGGACCCCGUCCGGGACCCACAGCAAAAGUGAGUCUGAUGGGAACCACAGCACCGAGGACGAGGCGAGCCUCAUGGACGACACCCCUGAUAAACCGGACGAGGCUGCUGGCUCCACAGCUUCCAUCAUCUCUCUCUCCGCCGUCCCCUGUAGCACGGGAGGCCAGCUUAUCUUCAACGGCUCCGGUGGCUUCCUCACAGCGCCUCAGUCGUUACUCCUUAAUGGAAAUUCCCUGCUCUCCAGUACCGGUGCUGGUGUCAUAAUUAAUGGGCUAAGCUUGGGCGAUUGCCAGACUGUCACACUGAGUCCUGUUGCAACCAACUCUCCGUUGAUACUGAACGGGGCUCAGGUAAUAACCAAACCUAAUAUCAGUGUGCAGCAAGCCAUUUCUAUGGCGCAGCAGGAGCUUUCGGCCUUGGAGGCCAAGCAGAGAAGUCUUGCAGCAGAUGUUCUCAGCACAAACACCACGUCAGUCUCAAACCCUCCAUCCAUCAUCUCUCUUCCUCUGCAAACCAGAACUGACAGCGGCAAUGCGAUGGAUUUCAUCAGUGUCCCUGAAUCAGAGGGCAGCUGCCAGACAGUAUCUUCAUCUUCAUCUUUAUCCCCUUCCUCACCAACUCUGUCCUCCCCAACCAGGCUCCCCUCGCUAGUCUUAACACAAAACCCCCAACGCCAGGAGUCUCUCCCCUUCCCUGCCUCCAUGUCAUCGACAGGCAUGUUAAUCUCCAGUUCUGCUAUGCCUUUCUCCAGUCAACAUGGGGAGUACGUUGUCUUUGCCACUUCUGGUUCUCACUUAAACCCUUCUAGCUCUGUCGUUUCCUCCAGCCACUCCUCCCCUCAGGUCUUCUCUCUGCCCCAGGUUGUGCCUUCCAUCCAGGGUAUACCAGUCUCCCAGCUGGUCCAGCACUCUUCAGGAGCUCAGGUGUCCCAAUGCCCUCAGUUGGUCCCAGUGUCCUCCCUCACCUUGCCAGCUCCUCAGUUCCAAAACCAGACAGUGAACACAAGCACCAGACUGGUGCAACAGCAGCAGGAUGCGUCAACAACUUUGCCUGAAGGUGCUACAACCAUAUUCUCUAUCUCACAGCUCAACAACAACCAGCUCCCACAGCGAACCAUACACCAGCUGGGGGGCCUAAGCACAAACUCCACACCCAGCAAAAUCCAGGUCCCACAAGUUAUUUCCUUCUCCUCCCCGACACAAGUAGUCCCAGUCCCACAGACCAAAGGCACCACACCAGCACAGUUAGUCCCCCUCUCCAUGCCUCAGCUGGUCCCCGUCUCCCCCAUCCAAACUUCUUCCACUAUGUCUUUUCCCCAAGUGGUACCUGCCAGUUCUUCUCUCCCCAUCCCCUCUACUGGAGUACCCUUACAGAUCCUGACCUCGGCUCCUGCAGGGGUCGCACAGGGUCCUCUCAGAAUAAACCAGUUGAGGCCCAUUCAGAGUGUGGGUCCUCCAACCGCCCCUAGUGUGCAGCUCCUCAACUCUGGGAUCAUUCAGCUGCCUUCUGCUCCUCCAGGUAACCUUCUCCUCGGUGGAGGCCCCUACCUGAGCGUCCAGCAAGGCAAGCUGAUUCUGACCAUCCCAGCAGGCAUUCAACUCACCAGUUUGCCCCUGAAACAGGUCCCUGAGGCGCCACCCUUCUCUGCGAAUGGACUGAGUCACCUUCUCACCUCCUCCACCCCUCCCGUAGUCUCGACCGCCUCAUGCCCGACCCCCUGUGGUCUCGCAUCAUCUCCCCUAAACUUCAUCAACUCGUCUCUGCUGUACGGGGCUCCAGAGACGGGGACCCCUGUCGUCCCCUCCCCUCAUGUGCUGGACCAUUCAGUCACUCCUACAGCGCCAAACACACUCACUCCAGAAAGUCUGCUCGCCCUCAGUCCCAUGUACAGUGGGGUGACACCCAACAUCCACUUGUCCCAGCCAGCCUGGAGCCCUGUGCCCCUCUCCACUUCAGCGAGUCUAACUCUGUUUGAUGUCCGUGGCAAGGGGGACCUAACUGUGGACCCGGCUUUGUUAGGCCUACCUGGAGGAGAGUCGCUGCUUCUGGGAAGCCCCUCACCGGAGCACGAUGUGGACGCCAACUCUGCACUGGGGGAUCCAGAGGAGAUGGACGGGGACUCCAAGAUUCUUACGCAGCUCCAGUCAGUCCCCGUGGACGAUGAUCUCGGCUUGUAGUCCGUUUACCUUGCUGGUUGGCAACCCAGUGUCUCUAAAAACAAAAACAAUGAAGCAUACAGUAGGUUGCAGACUCAGCUGUCUGACCGAUUUUAUUCUACGUUUUCAAACCUUGAAGAACCAAAUGUUUUUUACAAUAUGUUCUGGUUCCAACAUGUACAACAAUGAUGCUCACUCAGUAGGGCCUGGUACCAUCACAGUCUCAGCUGGCACUUUUGAGAUAAAUCCUCUGCAGUUCUAUUUCACAUGGAUAGAUUAUAUCGGAUGUUCUCGUGCGUUUCAGAGUUUUUUUUACUAAAUUCUGUACGUGCCUUAUGUGUUUUAUCAGAUGUUUGAACGUUUCCACCGGGAAAAGAAAAGACUAUUCUAUGCAAGGCUUUAUGGCUUUGCCUACUCGCUCAGCUCUUCUUUGCAGUUUUGUGGACUACAAGUUCAGUUGUACUUGGGAAAGAUGGCUGGCUUUAUUUUCUGUCAGUAGAAGAAGUUCUUUGAGGAUCGACCACAGUAACUAUACACCGGACUGUCUGGCAAAGGCAUGAAUCUAGAAAUAGUUGAGUAUGGCCUGUCUGUCCAGAGCUCAGAGAUUCAGGACUCCAGGAAUAUAGUGAAGAUUAUAUUCUUCACAAACAGAACUUAGUUUAGUUGGUUGAGUUUUAUGUGAAACCAUUAUUGCAUCAUAGCUUCGAGGACUAUACAGCAGUAUUUUAUUACUACAGGUUACUGAAGUCUGGGCUGAAACAUGCUGCCAAACUGAUUUUAUAAGUAAACUGUAAAAUGACUUUCUGCAGUUUUUAAGUGGAAAUGCUACACUCCAAUAGUAAAAACAUGAAAUAAAAGGGUUUAUACGCUAUGCAAUGCAUGUUUAGUUCUUUAUAGCACACUUUGUGGCACAAUAGCUGAGUUGAGAAGCCAGUACUCUUGGGAGACAAGAAAAAGCUUUUAAUUAACUUUUAAAUGAAGCAUGACACUAAAGCUUUUGCUGUGAUCCCACUUCGUAAUAUUUUGUUGUCAAAUGCAUCCAGUUUGUUCAUAUUGAUAAGUGCCUUAUUUUAAAGCUUACAGGUUUUAUGUUUUUACAAGUGCUAUACACACACACAACCACAUUUUGGGAUUCACAUCGUGGACUUCUUUUGAAUACCCACAUUUGUUUGUCUGUUUGAUUGCUAGUGAAAUAUAAUGUGACAGUUUUGGUUGCAUAGUCAUAGCCCGAUCUCCUCUAUUUGUAUAUUUUGCACCUUUCAUUCACACAAUGUUUACUGCGCUUCUGUGUUAUGACAGUGGUUGUAAUCAUGAAAAUAUCUUUUAUAUAAUUUUUUAAUUGGACCUUAAUGAUCCUGAUGCUGAUUUCCUGAUUAAAUCUGUUGUAAAUUGAUGGAACAGCUCCUUCAAUGAACACCUGAAUAUGCCCAUCGUUUAAGACCUUUGGCUAAUCAUGGUACACAAAAAUACAAUUCAGUGUUGCAUCUAGUUACAAUAAUGGCCUUUGUGUUUUUUUAUUAGAAUGUUUGUUGUUUGUCUUUUUUGUACAUUUAAUCUAUUUAAAGCAUGUAUCAAUCAGUAAGAAAGUGAGUCCUUGUGAAAAAAUGCAGAUAGGAAAUUACAUUCAUUUUGACUUGGAAGGUCACAUUGUUGUGCAAACUGAGGUUUUACAAUCUUAGACUACAUGUAUAAAAGUCAUUUUGAUGGUAAUUUACAAAUACAGUAGGUCACCCCCUGUUAAUAAAUGUCAAGGCCAUUUGUUCCCAGUGGCCUUUAGUAAUUAAUUGAAUGGCUUGAACAAAUCAGUUUUAGUCUGAAUUUUACUGAAAUUUAAAUAAGUAGUUAGGGGUAAAGGGAAAUGUGUCCUAUAUGUAAAAUAUUGUAGCCUGCAUUUGUUUAUAUGAGCCAUUUCUUACCAAAGCAUGAUGCCAUUAAAGCCUCAAUGGGCGUACGCACAUUUGUACCCAUUUGUUUGUAGCCUGGGACACGUUAUUGCUCUCUAACCAACAGACACAUAUGACUCCACAUUUUACCAAAGAUAAUGUAUUUUGAUCAACUUUUUGAUAUUUGUGAAAGGGAACAUUUGUGUC